GCCUCCUCUUCGCAGAAUCCAAGAUGGCGGGAUCCAGGCAAAGGGGUCCCCAGGCCAGAGCUCGGCGGCUCUUCUGCGCCUUGCUGCUGUCGCUCAGUCGCUUCGUCGGUGGCGAUGGCGUGGGAGGCGACCCCGCGGCUGCAGGCACCCCAGCCGCGCUGCCACAUCGCCGUUUCGAAUACAAAUACAGCUUCAAAGGGCCGCACCUGGUGCAGAGCGACGGGACCGUGCCCUUCUGGGCCCACGCGGGGAAUGCUAUUCCAAGUUCAGAUCAAAUUCGAAUAACACCAUCUUUAAAAAGCCAAAGAGGAUCAGUGUGGACAAAGACAAAAGCAGCCUUUGAGAACUGGGAAGUUGAGGUGACAUUUCGAGUGACUGGAAGAGGUCGAAUUGGAGCUGAUGGCCUGGCAAUUUGGUAUACAGAAAAUCAAGGCUUGGAGGGUCCUGUGUUUGGAUCGGCUGAUAUGUGGAAUGGUGUUGGAGUAUUUUUCGAUUCUUUUGACAAUGAUGGAAAGAAAAAUAAUCCUGCUAUAGUAAUUAUAGGCAACAAUGGACAAUUCCAUUAUGACCAUCAAAAUGAUGGUGCUAAUCAAGCUUUAGCAAGUUGCCAGAGGGACUUUCGUAAUAAACCCUAUCCUGUCCGGGCAAAGGUUAUAUAUUACCAGAAAACAUUGACAGUAAUGAUCAAUAAUGGCUUCACACCAGAUAAAAAUGAUUAUGAAUUUUGCGCCAAAGUGGAAAAUAUGAUUAUCCCCGCAGAAGGGCAUUUUGGAAUAUCUGCCGCAACUGGGGGUCUUGCAGAUGACCAUGAUGUCCUUUCUUUUCUGACUUUCCAAUUGACUGAGCCUGGGAAAGAGCCACCUACACUGGAUAAAGAAAUUUCAGAAAAAGAAAAAGAAAAGUAUCAGGAGGAAUUUGAGCACUUUCAACAAGAACUGGAUAAAAAAAAAGAGGAAUUCCAGAAGGACCACCCUGACCUUCAGGGGCAUCCGGCAGAUGAAAUAUUUGAGAGUAUAGGAGAUCGUGAGCUGAGACAAAUCUUUGAAGGACAGAAUCGUAUUCAUCUUGAAAUCAAGCAGCUGAACCGACAGUUAGAUAUGAUUCUUGAUGAACAGAGAAGAUAUGUCUCUUCCUUGACAGAGGAGAUCUCUAAAAGAGGAGCAGGAGUCCCGGGGCAGCACGGACAGAUCACUCAACAAGAACUGGAUACUGUUGUGAAUGCUCAGCAUGAGAUUCUGAGACAAGUAAAUGAAGUGAAGAAUUCCAUGAGUGAAACUCUCAGGCUGGUCAGUGGCAUCCAGCAUCCUGGCUCUGCAGGGGGAGUUUAUGAGACCACCCAGCACUUCAACGACAUCAAGGAGCACCUUCACGUAGUGAAGCGGGACAUAGAUAACUUAGUGCAGCGAACCCUGCCAUCAAAUGAAAGACCAAAAUGCCCAGAACUACCACCAUUUCCAUCAUGUUUAUCUACGGUGCACUUCAUUGUAUUUGUAGUGGUACAAACGGUGUUAUUCAUUGGUUAUAUCAUGUAUAGGUCUCAGCAAGAAGCAGCUGCCAAAAAAUUCUUUUGACCACCAUUUUCAUAUGUGUACAUCAUGUAUGUUUGUACAAAAUGUCUUUUUGAGGGAAUUUAAGUAUUUAAAUUGCUUCAUAGUCUAAAUUAUUAAAUUUUGUGUAAAAUAACCGUUUAAACAUUGAUUUGCAGUGAGAAUAAACCGUAAAGACAACCACAUGUAAAUUUGUGCAUAGUACAUAAAUCUAUUUAAACUUCAGUGAAUUUCUGGCCAGUAGAAUACAGCCACCGAACAGAAUAUUGAUAAGUAAGAGGGUAAAUAAUAGAAAGUGGGGGCCACCCUAGAUAGGAAAGUUACCCCUAAGUCUUUGGUGUGGGAGGUUUCUUUAGGCAACGUAGACACACUUGCCCUCCUGCCCCAAACAUCUGAGUUCUGAAGCUCCCCAUCAUGCUUAUUUUGUAAGCAAAGCCUCUUUAGAGGUCCGAAUUUCCUACUCUGAGACCCAGUCCUGCAAUCCUUUAAUACGACUCCGUUUGAAAUCAAAGAAUGUUUUGUCUGAGAACAUAAGGAUCUGAAAAAUAGGCUUCAGAAUGUUUAUUCAAGUAUUUUUUCCCUCUGUUUACCAAGGAUGUAUUUCACUUUUAAACGAAAUUUUGGGGGAAAAUUAAGAGCUGCUCUUUGCCUGAAAAACCAUUUAAGUGAAAACAUUCCUCUGAUAAUGGUUUUUAUGGGUAUUUUGCCUGGUAAUGUAUUUAUUUCAUGAUUGCUCAUAUUCUUGAAUGUCUUCAUUCCAGCAGUGUCAGUAAUAUUAUGAAAAUAAUUUUUGCAUUUAUAUUUAUAAUUUAAGGAACUAACUUCUCCCUUUUUGUGUAGCAUGUAGAUUCAGCUCAGGUUACAUGUUCUGAGGAUAUUUUCAGUCCACAAAGCCUACCACUAUGUCCUGGUUUCCAUUACUCCGUGCAGCCUGGUGGUGCGACUGCAGACUCGUCUAAAUCAAGGAGGCUGUAGGAAAAGCAGUGUUAAGAUUUUUGAAGGAGAAAUUUGAAAAAUAGAGUUAAUACUUCUGAUUUUUCUUUUAAUGCUAGAACUAAGGGUAUUGUGAAGGACUUGUUAGUAAGCUUAACUUUGAAAUGUCAGACUGGAAGAGGUUGUUUGAGUCUUUGUACAGAGUUGUUCUAGGUAUUAUAGCAACAGUCUGUAAAUGACAUUUCAAAAUGCACACAAUUUUGUUUUCACAGCUGGUGUAGACUUAUUUUUGCUGGCUUCAAGAUACUCUUUUACCUCUUUUAAAAGGCUGAAGUGGUUAUCUUUCAUUUGUCAUAGAAUGCAAAAUAAUACUGUUUUAUAAAAUAGUACUAUUUAAUUCUUGCAAGUCUUGAUAAAUUUGCUCUCAAAUGUCAUUUACAGAUUGGGCUAAUGGCCCAAAAUCUAUACAAAGACUACAAAGAACUCUGCAUUAUAGCAAUACCUAACUAGUACUAUGUACACGAGCAGUCCAAGCGUUGCUUUUUAUAUGAGUUUUAUCCCAGAACACUGAACGAGAAUAUUCUAAUGAUUGCUCACUAUACUCCAGUCACUUCAACACAGAAAAUGCUUCUCUAUUGUUUUUCCUUUGCAGUGUUAACAUUUUGAAAUUCAUGUUUCAGAAACAUCAUCAUCACAGAAUUUACUCAAUCUAUGAAAAAAAUUUAUACCUUCAGAAGAAUGUUUAAGUUGUAAACUAUGACACUUGGAAAAUCCUCUUGAGAUAAAAAGCUGCAAAAUAUCCAGUCUGAUAAAAUCCGUGGCCACAUGUGCCUGAGCUUAUUAAAGGAACGCCAGCUCUGUGCAGCGUGCUUGUUUCAGGCUGGAAGUCAAGGGGAGACCUGAUCGUCCUUCGUACAAGUGGAGGCAGCUCUUAGGAAAGAGCAGGAGCAGGAAUUCUUUUCCUUUUUUACUUAGUAAUUUCAUUUGCUUGCAAAUCCCUCAGUAAAGCAGUUUGCACAGGGUGUUUAUCAUAUUAUUUGACUUUUGGUGUAUUUUCCUCAACAUCAUUGAAGUAGCUCAUUUCUGAAGAAACGUUUGCUCUGUGGAAAAAUCAAUCACUGCCAGUGUUCUUUCAUAUCUGUACUAUUUUGUAUUAACUGAGUUUGUUAACCUCUCUCACACCAGCAAGUAUUUUACAGGUGCCUUGGAUGAAAACAUAAUUGAUUUUAAAAUUUUAGAGUGAGUCAUUGUGCUUAUGAUGCCACUUUUUAAAAGAAAUGCAAUUACAUAAUGGCUGACACCCUUAUUUAACAUACCUAUUUGUGUUCUGAUUGUUUGGUGGUUUUAUUCAGCUUGAAACUUGACUGUAAAGCCACAAACAAACAAUAUUUUGUUAUGUAUUAAAGGGAUAUCACUGAUUCUCAAAGUGUGGUCCUAGACCAGCUGGCUCCCAGAGUGCUGGUCAGGAAUUCAGAUUCCGGGCUCCCUUCCAGUCCACCUGGGUCAGACUCAGGCCUGGGGCUUCAGAUCAUCAGUUUCAAUAGGCGCCUCAGGGAUUCUGAGCAGGCUGAUGUUUGAGAACCACUAAGAUGGGAGUGGAAAAAAACAAGUGCUUCGCUUUGUUGGUUUAAAGCUGAGCUGAGAGCAUAAUAUAACAUUUUCCUUGUCAAUGACAUUAGCAAAUGUGCACUGAUUGUUUCAUACUUAAAAUUUACUUAAUGUUCUUUUUAGUAAAACUCUUGGUUUAUUAGCAACUACAAAGUAAACACAGAUUGUUGCCUGUAGCUCUUGGUACUUUGAUUGAUGGCUUUUAAACUUACUAAAUUAUCUUCAGAUCAUGGUCAAGCCAUAAAAACUCCCAUCUUCCAGUCUGCCUGCUAAAGCCUUUUGCUUUUCUGAUUGUUAUUUUUGUGACAUUUUAUCUCAGACGGUUGUGCUUUUUGAUAAUUUGGGGAAAACAGAAAUUACUUGAAUAAGGGAUUGCCUGACCCACUGCAUUGUGGAGACACAGUCUUUGCAAAGAACCUAAAUAACAGUUGUGAGUAUUCAGAUGUGAUUAUCUUUUCCUGUCCAUGUGCUUAUCACAGGGAGAUCAUGAACAAAUGAUUAUAUUGGGGUUUUUUAAAUUUAUAAGAUCUAAUGUAAAAUCACCACUUGCAACUUUUUAGAUCUGUGUGUUGCCUGUUCAGUGUAUUUCUUUUAAAGUUUAAAAAGGUUUUCUAUCCACUGUCAAUUUCAAUUAGAUAACAUUUUGUCAAGUGUUUUUUUCUGAUUGUUAUUUGAUGCUAGCUGGAAUUCAAGAAAUGACAUCGACCUUAUUCAAAUAAAGAAAUAUUUUAGUAAA